AUGGUGUCAUCAGAGCACCCGUACGCGAAGGAAUUGAGAAUUGCCUCGCUAGCUGUGAAAAGAGCUUCCGUGCUCACCAAAAGUCUUAGCGACACUUUAGUUGAAACCUCCAAGACUGGCACUCAAAUCAAGGAUGAUAAGUCCCCUGUUACGGUAGGCGAUUAUGCCUCGCAAGCUUUGAUAAAUCAUGCCAUCAAAAUCAACUUUCCGGGUGAUCACAUUGUGGGAGAAGAGGACUCCCUGACAUUGAAGGAUGGGUCAGAGGAGGCCAAUGCACUUAGUAAGAGGAUCUUGGACAUUCUCAGUGAGGCCCAGCAGAGAACCUCAAGGUCAACAGAAGACCUUGGAGAGCUCAAAUUUUUGAAUGAAGUUUACGAAAGCAUCGAUCUUGGUAAUUAUGAGGGAGGAUCUAAGGGUCGUUUUUGGGCUCUUGACCCAAUUGACGGUACCAAGGGUUUCUUGAGAGGCGACCAGUUUGCUGUGUGUCUCGCCCUCAUUGAAGAUGGCAAGGUCGUUCUCGGGGUCAUUGGCUGUCCCAAUUUGCCUGAGUUCAUUUCACUGAAUGAAAACCAAUCAGGUAAAAAAGGAGGUCUUUUUUCAGCUGUAAAAGGUGUUGGCGCUUUUUACACUCCUCUUUUCGAGACGGAAGAUUUCACGCCUCUCAAGGAUCAACAGAUCAUCAAAAUGACCAGUGAAACAUCACCUGCUACAUUGAAGGUCGUUGAGGGUGUUGAGAAGGGCCACUCUUCUCACUCGACGCAAUCUCAAAUCAAGGAUAAGUUGGGCUUCAGUACUACCACUGUAGCUAAGCAGACUAUAAAUCUAGAUUCUCAAGUGAAAUACUGUGUUCUAGCAAAGGGGCAAGCGGAUAUUUAUUUGCGCUUACCUGUCAGUGACACAUACAGAGAAAAAAUAUGGGAUCACGCCGCUGGUAACAUACUACUCUAUGAGAGUGGUGGACAAGUUGGCGACAUAAACGGCGAGCCACUUGACUUUGGGAAAGGUAGACUCUUACAUUCAAAGGGUGUAAUUGCUGCCAAUAAGGCAGUCUUUCCAAAAGUUAUUGAGGCAGUGAAACUGGUUUUGAGCGACAGUAAUUAG